AUGUGCCUCCUUGACUUUGUGGGAUCCACAGUUGUUCGUGUGACACUAAGGUGUGAUGUUGUUGUACCACGUGUUGCUAAGUCAGAGGAGCGCCAAAUCUGCCCUCAUCAGUCACAAGUCGGUGAGUUUCUCAACUUUCUGAAAACCUGUCAUAUGUGCAAAAAGCAGCUGAUCCCACAGGAGGACAUCUGCAUGUACAGGGGUAGGGGUGAUCAAAGUUUCUGCAGUGUGAAGUGGCGAUGCCGGCAAAUCCUCCUGGAUGAAAUGAAAGAGCUGGAGGCUUUUAGGAAACAGAUGCUAGCAAAUUCUGGCCUCUGUGGAAGUGGAACAACUCGUCUGGCUCAACAAUCAGGACCUGGUCGUUCCAGAAGAAUUCCUGCUGCUGCGGCAUAA